CACAAACCAGUACUAUUUUUUCUUUUUUAAAUUUCAUUUCAUUUUCAUUUUCCCAUAAUUAUUUUAGAAUGUUUUUAGAUAAUCCUAGAUUCUAAUGAAGUUCUUAGCUCAAGAAUAUCUUUAAAAAAAACUCUCCAAAGAAGAUAAAUAGAGAAAAAAAGUAUCAUUAAACACCUUCACCAACAAGAACCAAAAAAAAAAAAAAAAAACAGGUGAAAUCCCUUUUUCUUUUGGUCUCAAAACAAUUCAAAAGGGAAAGAUUGUUGGUUUUAGGGUUUGGGUUCUCAUUGAUUUUUAGUGAAAAAAUUAUAAAAAAAAAAUUAUGGGAAGAGGUAGGGUUGAACUUAAGAGGAUUGAAAACAAGAUCAACAGGCAAGUCACUUUUGCAAAGAGAAGAAAUGGUCUUUUGAAGAAAGCUUAUGAGCUUUCUGUUCUUUGUGAUGCUGAAGUUGCUCUCAUCAUCUUCUCCAAUAGAGGAAAGUUGUACGAAUUUUGCAGCAGCUCAAGCAUGAUCAAAACAUUGGAGAGGUACCAAAAAUGCAACUAUGGAGCUCCUGAGCCAAACGUGUCAUCUAGGGAGGCUGCUUUGGAAUUAAGCAGUCGACAGGAAUAUUUGAAGCUUAAAGCACGUUACGAUGCCUUACAAAGGUCCCAAAGGAAUUUACUAGGAGAAGAUUUGGGACCUUUGAGCAGCAAAGAGCUCGAGUCACUUGAGAAACAACUUGAUUCAUCAUUGAAGCUAAUCAGAUCAACACGGACCCAAUACAUGCUUGAUCAGCUCAAUGAUCUCCAAAGAAAGGAACAUCUUCUUAAUGAAGCCAAUAAGACCCUAAAACAAAGGUUGGUGGAAGGGUACCAAGUAAACUCGUUACAAUUGAAUCCAAAUGCAACGGAAGACGUCGGCUAUGGCCGUCAACAGGUUCAUCAUCAGCCUCAUGGCGAUGCCUUCUUCCAUCCACUGGACUGUGAGCCAACUUUACAAAUCGGAUAUCAGCAUGAUCCAAUGUCAGUGGUGACUGCAGGGCCAAGUGUGAAUAAUUAUAUGACAGGUUGGUUACCAUAGCAUAUAUAUCUCUAUAUAUCUAUAUAAAGAAGAAGAAACCAUGGGUAUGGAUUUCUUCAUAAGAAACUUAUUUUAUGUUGUUGUAUGAAACAAAAGAAAUAUGUAAUGCCAUGGAUUUAUUAUUAUUAUUAUUAUUGUAACUUUGUGCUUUUAAUUAGGAUGCACUAUAACAAACUCCAUCUGUGUGAGCUAUAAAGUGCAUCUUUCUUUGAACAAUUUAAUUUGUUGUUAAGAGAUUAAUGUUUUAUUUUGCUUA